AUGACUCACCUGCUGUGGAAAUACUACUGGCAAGACGAUGUCGAAAAAUUCCGACGACUCUUAUCGCCUGCUGGCCACGGCGCCCAGAAUGCCGCGCGAAGCCCGAAUAUAGGUGCCGGAGGCCACGGAAGCCCGGGUGGCGGUUUUGGGACGUCUCCGCGCCCGUCAGGUCCAAGGUCCCGCAAGCCUCCGGGGCUGUCGACACCCUUCGGCAAUGGCCGACACGGAAGCGUAGGUCUCGGGAGGAGCGAGGUCAACAGCCGCGACCACGCCGGCCUUACCAUUCUGCUGCGCGCGGCAUCCUCGUCGGCUGAGAAUGCCAUCUCCUUCGUUGAGGCCUUGGUUGAACACCCAGCCAUAGAUAUAUACGCCCAAGACCCAGAGAGCGGGUGGAACGCCCUUCACCGGGCCCUAUACGCUGGGAACAUUUCCAUUGCCAGACUUCUGCUGGAAAAGGAGCACAAGGACUUGACGGGACACACCUCUUCGUUCAACCGCGUCGGGCAGCUUAUCAAGACGAAAGAUCACGAGGGCAACAGCCCCUUCGACUUGUACAAUUCGACCAUUGGAGAGCGAAAUUUGAAAGAAUUGGUCGCGCAGGACAGUUCUGAACAUGGCUCGGAUAGCGACGAGGCUGAUGUUAUGCAGGAUAAGGUCGCAAGCGCAACAGGUCUCAAUGCCUGUGGCGAAGACUUGUAUGCCUUUGGCAGUAAUAAAAACCACUCCCUAGGUUUUGGCGACGAGGAUGACCGGCAGUUUCCUGAACGCGUCUUUCUCAAACGCCCAGACCAUCUGCUUCAGAGAUUUCACAACGAAUAUCUCGAGCAGGCAGGUUUAGAAGAAUCGGCGUCUCAGGACAUUGCCAAAAUCCCGGCCCUGGUCUUGAACAAACCUCUGAUGAUUCAGGACGUUGUGCUGGCCAAGUUCCAUAGCGCUGUGCUGACAAGAGACCCCGUUUCUAAUCUCUACAUAUGUGGUAUCGGUCGCGGCGGGCGACUUGGACUCGGAGAUGAAAACACGCGGUUCACUUAUGCCGCCGUGCAGGGACCCUUGGCUGACAGGAAAAUUGUCCAAGUCGCUCUCGGCCAGAAUCAUUCAGUGGCGGUUGACGAUACGGGGGCGCUCUGGACCUGGGGCAGUAAUGCCAAUUUCCAGCUCGGUUACGCUCCCCCUGUGCCACCCAAGAAAGACGAGGACCCUAUUAGUACCGUGCCUCGUCAGGUCUUCGGGCCGCUUAAAAAGGAGAUCAUCUUGGGCAUUGCCGCCUCGUCAAUCCACUCAGUUGCUCAUACCGGAUCGUCCCUGUAUUGUUGGGGCAAGAACGUCGGCCAGCUCGCUUUAAUGGACGCUGACUCAAGAUCACUCGAAUUUCAGCAAACGCCGAGGAAAGUCGCGGCGUCGCUGUUCUCAUCCCCGAUCGUCAUGGUCACGGCCAUCGACAAGGCCACGACUAUUCUGCUUCAGAAUCACACAGUGUGCGUAUUCACAGGCUAUGGCUACCACAUUGUCAAAUUUCCAUUCGCGGGCAUUGACAUGGUUGGCUCUCUGCGCGUGUCGACUCGCUACGAGCCGGGUCGCAACCAGAUCCAGCAUGUUACGUCUGGCGGAGAGACAAUUGCGGCUCUCACUGGCCGUGGGGACCUAUUUACCAUGAAUCUCGACCACAACAUUGAGGCAAACCUGCCAGCUACCUCUACAACGAACCCUUCCAAGCUGAAAGGCGCCGUUAGCACCCCCCAGUGUAUAUGGAGCGCCAGGAAGGAUGGCGCUCGGUCUGUCGGCGUCGGUGAGCAUGGGUCAGUCAUAAUCAGCACCAAAUCUGGGGCCGUGUGGCGUAGAACCAAGCGAGCAAACGCAAAGGAUGUGAACUUUGGGCCGUCGGAGUCGAGGCGGAAGGACUUCAAGUUUCAGCGAGUGCCUUGCAUUACCAGGGUUGCCACAGUUCGUGCCUCGCCAUCUGGAGCCUUUGCCGCCGUCCGGCAAGAUUCGGAUGUCAUGAAGGAGCAGCUGGUUAUCGAUGAGCCGACGCUUUGGAAAGAUAUUGCAAAGUUAAAUCCCCUGAAUGACUUCAAAGCCUCGGAAAAUCGCGGCCAGAACGAGGCUACACAGAAAUUCUGGGAGAACGACAUUCUCAGGACUCAGUUGGGCUCCGUGGCCUACGAAGCUCUACGGUCUCCAGAUCUGGAUGCCGAUUUGUUGCAGUACCUUACGUCCUGGGGCUUCAGUAAUGAGCCCAUGGAAGCGUCUAUUUGUACCACCACCUCGCCCAGUCUACGGAUACCUAUCCACAGCUGGUUGCUGGCGGCUCGAAGCUCUGUGCUACGUAAUGGGCUUGCACAGUUUCGGAAGUCUAGAUCAUACAUCCUAUCCGAAGCAUUUUCGGUUGAAGAUGUCGAUGGCAAGCCACUAAUAUCGUUCCAGGGGCUGGAUUUGAUGUCGCUCCUCAACCUUGCUCUCUAUAUGUACGAGGAUAAGGUGGUACCUGCGUGGAAUUUCACCCGCCAAGCUCCGUCAUUGGCGUACAGAUAUCGGCAGGUCCGCUUGGAGGUUAUGAAGCUUGCCACGCGCCUAAACCUGGGCGGCCUGGAGGCAGCAGCACGGCUUCAGACACCGCCCAGGAGAUGCAUAGCUGAGGAUUUCAGGCUUGCAGUCAAGGAGCGUCGCUUUUUCGAGGAUGGUGACGCCUUGCUUGAGCUUGACCGUGUCGAAGUCCCGGUUCACAGCGCCUUUGUCUGCCAGAGAUGCCCUUGGUUCGAGGGCCUGUUUCACGGUCGCGCUGGAGGUCUCUGGCUCGCCUCCCGCAGAAAUACGACAGGUCCUGGAAGUGACUCGCCCAACAAGAUCAGAAUUGACCUCAAACACAUGGACCCUGGCGCGUUCAAAUACGUUCUUCGGUAUCUCUAUGGCGACUCCGGCGCGGAACUAUUCGAUCCUGCUGUUUGCGAUUCAUUCGACGACUUCCUGGACCUUGUGAUGGAGGUCAUGUCCAUUGCAAACUAUCUGAUGUUGGAUCGGCUCUCGCAGACUUGCCAGCAGGUCAUGGGCAGGUUCGCAAACAUACGAAAUAUUGCCCACCUUCUUAAUGCUAUUAGCCCAUGCUCAAUCACCGAGUUCAAGGAUGCCGGACUGGAGUACAUCUGCCUUCAGCUGGAGUCUAUGCUGGAGAAUCAUCUCCUUGAUGAACUCGACGAAGACUUGCUUCUAGAGCUCGACGAUGUUGUCCGAGACAACCAAGCUUCUCAGUUUCGCUAUACGAAAAGGGGUCAAGCCGAACUACUACUGCACGAGAUAUACCCUUGGCUUGCCCAAGAUAUCGAAGAAGAAAGAGAGACGCGAAUCAAGGAAAUGGCCUUCAAGGCCCAUAAGGAUGACGACCGGAAGGCUUCAUCGUCGUUCAAAGGCAAGUCGAGCAUCUUUGACGAGCUCGGCCCGUCUACCCCGUCUCCAGACAGGGCCAGGAAGGCAUCGAAAGCUGGCCGCAAUGAGCCCUUCACUCCAGAUCUUAGACCCAAGACAUCACAAGCAGACUUGAUUUUCGAUAUGGAUGACGAGGACUCGGCGGCACCCGACAGCCCGCUUAUGAGGACCCGGACGAGCGGCGGCAAUGAGGAAGUAGAGGAGCAGCCGUUGCCGGCCAAGUCGCUGGCCGCAACGCAGAUCUACUUAGCUCUGACCCCUCCCGCAGCGGCCUGCGGUGGUAAACCUUGGGGGCCUGCCACCGUUGCUGCCUCAAAGACGGAUCUCCGUGACAUUAUCCAAUCGGAGGCCACAACACGAUCGGCUCUGUCGGUGGGCUUGCUUGCGCACAAAGCAAGAGAGGAAUCGCCAAAAUUCACGCAACCCAAGCUCUCUCAAAAGGAGAAGAAGAGGCAACAGCAACAACAGCAAGCGCAAGCGCAAGCAGUGCAGGCAUCCUCGCUUACGACGAACUCAGGCAAGAAUGCUUGGGAUAGCAGAGCGCGGGGUGAUGCCCAAACUCCUGCGUGGAAGCCAGUGCCCAUUGAAAAGAAGACUCCAUCGAACACGUUGCUAACCCACAACAUUUCAUCGCCACCCGUGAUAAAACCAUUGCUUACCGCGGAAGCCGGGCCCGUUCCCAUCCGUACCCGGACGGCGUCUCCAGAUACUCGCUUCUCUGGCCAGCGCCUUGCUGGCAGCUCCUCCCUCUCCGGGACCCGUCCCCCGGUGAAGGCCACUAGCAUCACGCCGGGUAGCAGCGUGGCAAGAACACCUAUAGCAACUGAAACGCCGGCCCCACCUCUUGUGCCGCAUUCCAAGACGUAUCUGACGCCGGCCCGCAAGGCGGAACCACUACUCGGGUACAGCAUGGAAGACAUCAUUGUCCAACAGAGGCGGGAGCAGGAGAGGGUCAGGGAGGCAGCCGCCAAGCGGUCUCUGCAGGAAAUUCAACAAGAGCAGGCUUUCCAGGAAUGGUGGGACGCCGAGAGCCGACGGACGCAAGAGGAGGAGGCGAAAAGACUGGACAGGGAGAAGGAUACUCCAAAGGAAAGGGGAGUGAUUCCGAAGGUGGGCGGGCGGAGAGGGAGAGGUGGCAAAUCUCGUGGGGGAGGAACAGGGAGUGGACGAGGUGGGGGUGAUGCAGGAGGCAUGCAAAGUUCGCGAGGAAAGGGGAGAGGCAGACGAGAAGCCACGUCUACGGCAAGUGGAGAGAAGAAGCCUUGA